CUGUCUAGCAUCCACGCUGCUAAGCCUUCGGCGAACCUGUUCGAAUUUGUUGCUGCCGUCGCCGCAGAAGGCCUAACCGCCAACUCCGUCAAUGAUCUUCUCGGCUUUGUCGACGGCUUGGCCACUGGUGAGAACAGCAUGAGCAAUGUCAACAUCCAGCAGCCCAAGGACACCAUCUACCCCAAGAAGGGCAACGACCCCAAGUAUAGCGUUACCGAGUCCUCGUUGCGUGCCGCCAUCUACAUUCCUCCUUCGUUCCAAGGCGGCAAAAUUCAACCUGUGAUUCUGAUGCCUGGUACGGGAGCGACUGGAUACUUUACAUAUGUUGGAAACUAUAUCAAGCUUCUUACCGGAUCAAGCUACGCUGACCCCGUGUGGCUCAACAUUCCUGGAUAUCUCCUGAACGAUGCUCAGGUCAAUGCUGAAUACGCUGCGUACGCGAUCAACUAUAUCGCUAGCAUUACUGGCAAAAAGGUAUCCAUCAUUGGCUGGUCUCAAGGCAACAUCGAUAUUCAGUGGGCAUUCAAGUACUUCACCUCGACGGUGAAAAACACCAGGAAUCACAUUGCUAUCAGCCCUGAUUAUGCUGGUACCGUCAACGCCAAUCUCAUUUGCCCCGAUGGGCUUCCGUGUGAUCCCUCCGUCUUCCAACAGCACUACAAGGGCACGAGCAACUUCAUCGACAAGAUGAGGCUCAACAACGGAGACUCGGCUUACGUUCCCACGACCACUGUCUAUAGCGGACUUUUCGACGAGAUUGUCGAGCCUCAGCAAGGCACAGGUGCCUCGGCAUACCUCAAUGACGCCCGCAAAGUGGGCGUCACCAACAACUACCUUCAGGGCAUCUGCCCUGGCCUACCUGGCGGUUCUUUCUACACUCACGAAGGUGUACUUUACAAUCCGAUUGCAUUCGGCCUGGUCAAGGAUGCUCUGAUCGACGGUGGCGCUGGUAAGACAUCUCGUCUUGACCUCAACAAGCUAUGUAACAUGUACCUCGCCGACGGUCUCAACGUGGGCGACCUGCUCCUUACCGAGAACGCCAUUCUGGUCGCUGCACUUUCACUCGUCCUCUACGAGCCCAAGGUCUCAGUCGAGCCCGCUAUCAAGGCAUAUGCCACAUACUAA